GUUGCAGAUUUGUGUUCUUUUGCUAAAAUUCAACAAAUUUAGGCAGGAGCAAUCAGAUUGUAUUGCGCGAUGCGUUAGUUUAGUAGAAGAUAAUUUAAUCUGACGAGUUUGUAUAAAUAUAGUCUGUUGUGGUAAACGUGGGUACCGUUCGACGACUGGAUUGAACGAGUUCCGUUGAGCUGUGUUCAGACUUUGAAGUGCGGGUUUAUGAGAACAGUAUUGUGCUGUGAUCAUAGUAAGCUAUGUGAUCAUCAGACGCCGUUCGGAAUACAUUAAGUUAAGGUUUCGGAUUUCACUUCAUCAAUCGCCACCGAAGAGACUGCCAAAAUGAAAACUUUGAAGAAUAUAUUGCAAUUAUCGUUGCUGUACCGAUGUCAAGAAGUGGCAGUUUACUUCGAUCUCGCAAGCUUAAAGGAUCUGCACGACAGUUUCCCGAUGCUUAUUCGGUCAAUAUUUUACGGUGAUGGCGGGGCAGGCUGGCGGCUCCGUUUCAUCACCCGCGAGCAGUCACCGGCCGAGUACGAGGCGUUGGAAAACUUUUUCAAUCCCAUCAGUGGACCAAUGUUUCGCAUGUUGUACCGCUUGACGGGUGAGUCGCUCAGGUUUGGAAUACCUUUCUCUGAUAUACCGGUCAAACUUCAAGAUGCGAUCCGUUAUGGGACACUUGCAGCUUUUUACAAAAGCUUUCUCUCGAUAGAUCCGUUCCAGAACCAAAUGAUAGGAUUUCAGAUGAAUCCGUUUGAUUACUUCCUCUUUUACUUUGCCAUCCACGGUACGGUGUCGCACCCCAUCCUUCCUCCGUACGGCUUUUCGGCAACCCCAGAGCAUGAGCAAGGGAAAUCGCUCUACGUGUUGCUGUCCUCCACGUAUAUAUGCACCUUCCUGCCAGUGGAUAGCCAGUACAUAGUGCUACCGCCAAACGCGGAUGUAUUGGUUAGAACGAUGCCGGAUAUCGAGCCCGCCAAGGCCCCAAUGCAGAGCAUUAAGUAUCUGCUGGCACACCGUUUGGACCUGCAUGGGCCAGUCGAGGCCGACCAUCCCCAGCCAGAAACCGCCCGGAUCGUGCACUGGCGCUCGACGAGCAUCCUACAUAUCUUCCUCGACAUCUGGUUCGGCAUGAACUUGACCGGAGCGAACCGAUUGCCAAGCAUGGAGUUGCUGCGAUGCAUGCGCGGCCUUGUCAAGCAGGUGCACACCUUCAGCAACAGCACCGACCGGCGAGACAGUGCGGCCUUUGUUGCGCUGCGGAAAAAGGCGCUAGAGUUGCUGAGCGAGCGCUUCAACGGCUUCUUCAAUCUCGCCUUUCCACGCUGGCCGCUGUACGACGUAUCGCUGAUGAACCUGGUCGAGCUGUGGCUGAGCUUCAUCCAACCGUGGCGCUACUGUUCGCCAAGCCAGGAGGUGCCCAAGGUGGACCGGGCCAUUGAAUCCAAGUACGAGGUGUUCAUCAUGGCCAACAUAGAGAUUUACACGCAAACGUUCGUCAAACUGACGAACUGCUUCAUCAGUGCCGACCUGAGCCGACUGAUCAACGCGAACCUUCUGUACCGGCUGUGCCGCGUGUUCGGCCAGCACAAUCUGGUCUCGCUGUUGCGCCAACUCGAGCGCGAUUUUGUUGAUGCCAGCAAGCGCAACAUACCGACGACGGCAUUGCAAAACGAAGCUGACACCUCGCAAGAGCUGACAGACCAACAGCAGCCAGCCAUCACCAGCUUCCACCUUGGUGGUGGCGAGUACUACGUGCCGCUCUUCAGCGAGGAAACACUGUCUAAUCUGCAAACGCUGGUGCGGAAGGUGCGCGGCGCGAUGGCGUCGCACACGGUGAGCAAACAAGAACCUUCCUGGUUUGGUUCAAGGUUUGCCUGGCUCAUCGCGCUGUUCCAGCCACCGCAGCAGGAGCAAUCCGAGCUGCCGAACGUGCUAUGUCGGCUCGAAUUUAUCGAGGCCGUCCUGGUCGCUCUGUUCGACCUCCCGUCCGGUGGAGACGAUCCAUGCGAGGAGAUCGUGAUGACGGAGUUGAAAGAUUCGAUGUCGGUGUCUGGCGUCGGGCGCUUUCCGGUGCUAGCGGUCGACUGGAAGGAUCCGGUGCUGCUACCGAUCCGGGGCAACGAAAACGCCUUCCUGGUGCGCUUCCUGUACACAGUCAGCUCGAAGCUGCAGUUCAUGUACGGCACGGAAAUGCAUGCCCUCUGGUACAACCAGGGCCUGCCUGGGAUGGUCGCCCGCCAGCUACUGAUGCCACCGUGCACGGUCCACCGGUUCGCCCGGCAGGCCAACGGUACCAAAGAACUAAUCACCGAGUGUCUGCCGGCUCGCAUCAGCCUCCGCUUUUUGGCCUCCUACAAGGUGCUCGCCGUCAUCGCCUGCUCGUUGCUGCUCGGAGGCAUGCUGUUCGGUGCACCGAGCUACGGGUUUUUCAUCCUGCUCCUUCUAAUGCUGCUAGACAAGCUCCUUACACUCGCUGUUUUUCCACGGCGCGCCUUUGACGACCAUGGUCCCUUUCCUCCGCGUGGUUAGCAACGAAAUACGCUAUCCUAUUCGUUUGAUUUCAUUUCAAAUCUAUCAUUUAAUUCCAUUCUUUAAUUGAACAACAACUUGUUCUGCAUUCUCGUUUCUAUCACAUGACAUAAGUCCACAUUUGAGUCAUUUAAUCGAGUCGCCCAAGUUACAAGCGAAUGUAUCGCACUCGAUUGCUGAGGUUGUAAAGCACAAAAACACCUGUGUUAGAAUGUGCGAUGUAGUAAAUCAAAUAAUUGUUUUUCGCUUGAUACCUCCCUCACGAAAUGUCAUCAUUCGUAUUCGUUUUGUCGCAUUAUAAAUAAAAAUGACUCACGCCAGAUAGCUCCCCCGAACUGAGCAGCCAUAUUGCAGCGACGGUAUAUGAUUGUUGAAUUGAUUUAUUUGUCCAUAUAAAUUCGCUAGAGCCCUAAGCUCGCCUAAAGCCUACUAAUAAAGAUACUUUCCACGACGCAUGCCGGGCGGUUUAUGUA